AUGGCAUCUUCUAAUAGUUGUAUUAGUCGUAUUUUUUCCCCUGACAUACCGAAGCCCAGGGCACCCUACAGCCAGGCUGUAGUAGCCAAUCAGACCGUGUAUGUAUCCGGAUUGGUCGGUUUAGAUCCAAAGUCGGAGAAGUUAGCUGAUGGAGGAAUCGAAGGCGAGACAAACCAAGCCUUGAUAAACCUUGGGCACGUCUUAACAGCAGCUGGAACUGAUUAUGGAAACGUUGUGAAGGUUACCAUCUUACUGAAGGAUAUAAAGGACUGGCCGACAGUUAACAACAUCUAUGCAAAAUACUUCAUUCCGGAUCGCCUACCGGCCAGAUGUGCUUACGAGGUAUCAAACCUUCCACUUCAGGCAAAAAUUGAAAUAGAAGCAACUGCACUAACUGGAAAAGUCGUGGAAGUACCACAACUACAACGGGAAAUGAAAUGA